GACCUCGGCGAGGACCCGAGUCGCGAAGGACUCCUCAAGACGCCCGAGAGGGCAGCCAAGGCCAUGCUCUUCUUCACCAAAGGAUACGAUCAGACCAUCGAUGACGUGAUGAACGGCGCAGUGUUCGACGAGGACCACGACGACCUCGUCAUCGUGAAGGACAUCGAGAUGUUCUCCGUCUGCGAGCACCACCUGGUUCCCUUCUGGGGCAAGGUGUCGGUCGGUUACCUGCCUAAUAAGAAGGUCCUCGGCCUGUCCAAGGUCGCUCGAAUUGUGGAAAUCUUCAGCCGACGACUUCAAGUGCAGGAGAGGUUGACGAAGCAGAUUGCGCUGGCGGUCGUCGAGGCCAUUCAGCCCACUGGCGUUGGUGUGGUGGUGGAGGGAACCCACAUGUGUAUGGUGAUGAGAGGCGUCCAGAAAAUCAACUCGAAGACGACCACCUCCACCAUGCUCGGGGUCUUCAGGGACGACCCCAAGACCCGCGAGGAGUUCCUCACCCUCGUCAAGUAGGUUCGUGGAAGAGCCUGGCAUAGGCCUAUCGUGAGGAGGGGCGUCAGGAGCGGAGGCGAAUGCCAAGAGGAAGAAGAGAAGGAGUAAUUUUCUUUUUUUUCUUCUUUCUCUUUUGAGGAAUUGGGAUAACAGGGUUUGUGGAUUACAAAGAAGAGAGACGGAGGAAUGACUAGGAAUUGGGAGUAACAUCGGUGGACGGCGCGGGUGAUAGGCGUCCAGGCUAGGGGGGGGGGGGGACUCGACCUACUGUGUAUUGCGACGUUCAUUUAUUCUUUUUUACAUAAAGAAGAAUAUUGUUGGAAAACUUGAAUUCCCGAAGAAAAUAAUAAUAAAAUGAAAUGAAAUAAUGCGAGGUAAAUUAGUAAACGCAUAACAGCGUUCGGACUUUUUGUGAAAUUGAGAUAUACUGUAUAGUAUAUUUGACUUUUUAUUAUUUAAUAGUCUUCUAUUUCGCAUUUUAGCGAGAUCGCUAAUUACACAAAAUUGUUACUUCCUGCUAGAAAAGUUUGUUGUAAUUUUCGGUAGAAACAUAUUACCGAAUUCCAGUGUCACAAGAUGGGAACGUAAAUCCCACGGAAAUUAUAUUUUUUACGCGAGGUCAUAUAUUUAUCUAACAUUGAUUUUAUACUGAAGAUUCUAGUUUUGUAUUUAGUUCAAAGUUCUUGUUCGUGAGAGAUGCAAACUAUUUUGUUAUAGCCUUUCAACCAAGUUUAGCCUACGCUUAAGUCGGAAAAGCGCUCCUUCACUUGUUUUCUCAACCCAGAGAAAAAAUCGAGCCCUUUAUCUUCAAUGUAAAUGUAUCAAAGUUCCAGAUUAUCCUUUUUUCUUACCAUUCCUCCGGGGGGAUUCUCAUAAAAUGCUUCCAAGAAUGAAGAAGUCACCCCAUGGAAGUCCCAUUUUCUUUUUCAUUAAUUCCGUUGUUUUUUUCGUCAAAAGCAUAUAUAUAUAUAUAUAUAUAUAUAUAUAUAUAUAUAUAUAUAUAUAUAUAUAUAUAUAUAUAUAUAUAUAUAUGUUCGUUGGUGAGAAGUGGCUGGAUACAGCAUGGGAGGUUCCCCCACAAGUGCUUCCCUAGAACCUCCCAUUAUGCCUCUCGGCCCUUCUCUCUUAUGUCUGGACUUUCCUUGCGAUCCUUGUGAUACACUUCCUACUUGCAUCAUUUACCUAUUAUUAUACAUUUUUCGUUUGUUCUAAUGAAACAACUUUGUCUCGAGUGUCACCCAUAUUGACUGUUCCGAGACACUCCUUAAUCAUGCCUUUAUGCAUUGAGGACGAAAGGUAAUAUUCACCUGUUUCGAGUAGCAUCUCGAAUAAUUGAGUUACCUUCCUGUGACUGAUACUGUGAGAAACAAAAGACAACUCUAUACCAAAAGGAAAAGGUGUCAGUCACCUAAAUCGAAACACUGAAAGCAGUACAACAGAUUAUGCUUCUCACGUUACAUACAAAUUUCUAAAUGGAGUCUUUCUGCCUUGUGAUGAGGAGGGGGGGGGGCUCCCGCUCGCCGCGAAAGGGAGUCUCGCUUCCCUUAAAAAAAAAAACAUCACAAGGGUAUCCGAGGUGCCUAUGCUACACAUAAUUUACUUGUGCCAAAAAGAGAUUGUGGCAAAUGUUACAUGUGUCUGGAUAUGUAGAUAGAUUUUGAUUGUUUACAUGUUCUAUUCAAUGUAAGACUCAUUGUAUGUGUUCAGACCUGGGAAAUGAUUUAUCAGACUUGAUUAUUGAAAUAAAUGUUUAUAUCUGUAUUUUA